UCUAGCAUUUAGUUUAAGUCGAGCCAGGGUUGGAACAAGUCAGAGAAAGCUGUGAAAGUGAAAGGUGAUAAAAUGAAACAAUUCAUUUGUUUCAUUUUUGUGAUUUGGGGUUUUUCCAUAUCGGUUAACGCAAAUGGGUACUACACUAUUGUGGCGCCCGGCAGCAUACAAUCUGACACCGAAUAUGCAGUCACUGUAUCUUUACACAAUAAUCCCGAACCAGCCACAAUAAAGGUGGGCAUAACAGGACCGUCCUAUAAUGAAUCGAAAACCAUAGAACUCUCUGCCUACACUGCUGAAACACUCAAGUUUAAUGUUCCCUCUUUGGUAGAGGGCACCUAUGAGUUGCAAACCGAAGGUAUGAGUGGAAUUAUCUUUAAACGAUUUUCGAAUUUAACGUUCAGCAAGCCGGAGCGCCAUAUUUACUUACAAACGGAUAAAGCUCUAUACAAGCCGGGCGAAUUGGUUAAAUAUAGAGUUGUAGUCUUGGACUCAGAUGGUAAGCCGCUCAAAACCAAUAAUGAUCUGGCAGUGCGCAUUUAUGACAGUGCCCAUAAUGUAAUCCAAGAGUUGAAGGAGUUGCAAUUUACCAAAGGUGUAUACAGCGGCAAGUUCAAAUUGUCCGAACAACCUGUGAUGGGCGAUUGGACCAUAGAGGUACUCAAUGUAAAGGAACGGCAACUUCAGUUGCAAAACAAACCCUCCUUGCCAGCAACUGUACAGGGCGGGCAAUUUAUGCCAAGCAUGCAAUAUGCACAUCCCGGGCAAUAUGUGCCAGGCAUGCAAAAUGCGCGUCCCAUGCAAGUUUUUCCAGGCAUGCAAGGUCCAUAUCCUAGACAAUUUGUGCCGGGCACACAGGUUACACAUACCUAUGCUGGUAGAAAAGCCUUCAAAAAUUUUGAGGUAGCCAAGUAUGUGUUGCCCAAAUUUAGUGUGGAAAUCGAAGCGGAUGAAAAAAUUGCCAUACUUGACAAGACUUUUAAGGUUACAGUACGUGCGAAAUACACCCAUGGUCAACCUGUUCAGGGCAAUACAACUAUAACAGCGUCCUUUGUGCACCAAACGCAUUUUGACAACAGUUUGCCGGCAGCCCAAAAGACAGUAGAAAUAUAUGGCAAAGCAGACGUUGAAUUUGAUUUAAAUCAGGAUCUAGCUAUGGAUCAAUUUAUACCUCGGAUCAAAAUCAUAGCAACUGUGACAGAAGGGCAUACUGGUUUGCAACAGAACACCUCAACCAUUAUAAAUUUGCACCAAGCACGCUACACAAUUGAUGUGGAUAUGAAAGACAAGAAAUUUGUAACCAAUAUACCAUUUGAAAUAAAGGCUAUUAUCAAAAAACUCAAUGGAUCACCGGUGACAAAUGCAAAAUCUACUGCAAAACUUAUUCUCAAACGAGACUCACAUGACAUAAAUGGAUUAAUCUUCGAAGCAGAUGUAGAUACAAAAGGUAUGGCGGUUUUCAAGAUUAAAAUUGGUUGGCCUAUGUCCUAUAACUCCAUAAAGGUUAUAUACGAGGAGAAGGAACACACCACAUAUGGUUUCAGAGUUGAAAGACCUGCGGAACCAGAAGUCAAAGAAACAGUUAUUAAACCAUCUGCGGUGUCUACUCCUAAAACAUAUUAUCCAUCGCAAGGAGUAUAUGUACAUCCACAUCCGUCAAUAGAACGUGUUGGACCACUGAAGGUUACCAUUCAAAAACUAGACUUUAAUCCUGACCACGACGUAAUUAUCGAAGUCAAAUCAGACGAUCCCAUUCCAUAUUAUUUCUACACUAUUAUGGCCCGUGGCAAAAUCAUCAAGCAUGAAUAUGUUAAAGUCGAAGGUAACCAAAAAUACCAUCGCUUAAAAAUUCAAACUACAAACGAAAUGGCUCCAAGGGCAAAACUCUUUGUUUAUCUUAUCGAUGAUGGUGAAAUGAAAUCUGAUGAAGAGGACAUCUUUAUUCCACUUAAGUUGCAAAAUAAGUUGGAAAUAACAGCACCCGAAAAAGCCAAUGCUAGCGAGCUUGUAUCUCUGAAUAUAAAAACAGAUCCGGAUUCAUUUGUGGGCUUGUUGGCUGUUGAUCAAAGUGUUCUGCUCUUGAAAACUGGCAAUGAUUUUGAUAAAGAAAAAAUUUUGGACAACAUUGGAAAUGUAAAACCUCGAGCCCCAGAUACCAAUGGCCGCCAUGAAACAUACCCAGGCAAAAAUUCUGGCUUUGUUACUAUAACAAAUGCCUGUUACCCGCGUGCUUCUUACCAUCAAUAUGAGGAACAAGCCUUGCGCUAUGAUACAAGCUAUAGACCAACCGGUGCUAGCUACGCAAUGCCAGGUAUGGGUUUUGCUUCUCCAGCAGCAAUGAGUUUUGCUUCCCCUUCAAAUGACCCCCCGGUAAUUCGGAAAAAUUUUGUUGAAACAUGGAUAUUCGAUGAUAUUGAGAGCACUGAUUCCGAGGGUAUUGCCAACUUUACCAGAAACAUUCCCGACACAAUGACCUCUUGGGUUAUUACUGGAUUUUCCCUAAAUGAAAAUACAGGCUUUGGUAUGACAGAAAAUGCCACUAAUAUACUCGUAUCUCAGCCCUUCUUUGUAAGCCUCAACCUUCCGUAUGCGGUAAAACGAGGUGAGAUCGUUAACAUACCCGUAGUGGUCUUCAAUUAUAUGGCCACUCAAGUAGAAGCAGAAAUCACCAUGGAAAAUGUUGAUGAUGAGUAUGAUUUUGUUGGAACCGAUGGUAAUGUGCUUACGGAUAAGGUAAUGAGUCAACAAGUGACGGUUCCUACCAAUAUCGGAAAUGUAGUCUCGUUUACAAUCUUCCCCAAACGUGUUGGCUAUAUCACAUUGAAAGUUAAGGCCGUUACCCCUCUGGCCGGAGAUAUAGUCCAUCAAAAGCUAAAAGUUGAACCUGAAGGUGUAACUCAGUACAAAAACGAAGCUCUCUUUGUCAAUAUACCAGCAAAUGGAGAACCGCUUAAGCACACCUUCAAGGCGGAAAUUCCAGCCGAUGCUGUUGUCGAUUCAGAGUUUAUAGAAUUCACAGCCGUAAGUGAUCUGUUGGGCCCGACCAUCGAGAACAUCGAUAGAUUGGUACGCAUGCCCUAUGGCUGUGGUGAACAGAACAUGAUCAACUUUGUACCCAACAUCUUGGUGCUUGACUAUUUGGAGACCAUGCAAAUUGACAAUCCCACCUUGACGGAAAAAGCCAAGGCCUUCAUGUUGAAUGGUUACCAGCGUCAAUUGACAUACAAGCAUCAGAACGGUGCUUACAGUUCUUUUGGUGAGGGUCACAGUAACCCCGAUAAUUGGUUGACCGCCUAUGUGGCUCGCUCCUUUAUACGGGCACGAAAAUACAUAACCAUUGAUGAAAUGCUGAUAGAGAAUGCCUUGGAAUAUUUAGCAUCGACUCAGGAAGAAAGUGGAGAAUUUGUAAGCAUGAGAUAUAAUUUCUAUAGCACUAAACAGUCCGAUGGUGUUGGCAAAACUGCCUACAUCCUACUGGCCUUCUUGGAGAAUCAGGAAUACGCACUUAAAUUCAAAACGCAAAUUCGAAAAGGUUUGAAUUAUCUUCAGAGCCAUUUUGCUAAUGAGGAUGAUCUCCACACACUGGCCCUCAUAUCGUUGGUCUUCCAAAGAGCCAAACAUGACAGCCUGCCUAAGCUGCUGGUGAAAUUGGAGCAUAGGUCACACAAUGAGAAUAAUCUUAAAUGGUGGAAGACUUCUGAAAAAUACCGCAGUAAUGAUAUAGAAAUCACAGCUUAUAUUUUACAAACCCUUUUGGAAAGCAAAGAUGUUGACGCCACCACCGUGUUGCCCACACUCAAAUGGUUGGUAGGCAAGCGCAACAGUUUGGGUGGAUUUGCCUCAACCCAAGACACUGUUGUUGGACUAGAGGCCUUGAUUAAAUUUGCUGAGAAAUUCGCUGCUGCCGGAAGAGGUAGUAUCAACAUUAAAUUCCAUACCCAGAAUGAAGCCGGUGAAGAGAUCUCAAGCAAUGAGUUUACAAUUGAUGAAACGACGGGCUUAGGCCUCAUCAGCCAUGAGUUCAACAGAUCUACUCGUCAACUGACUGUCAGCGCCGAAGGUCAAGGCUCAGCACUACUACAGUUCUCCUAUCGUUACAAUUUAGUAACUAAAGAUGACAAUGCCGGAUUUCUUAUCAGAUAUUCGCUAAAUAAGGAAUCCACCAGCGAUCAUAUCUCGAUGAAUGUUUGUGCGGAAUACGAAGCAGAGGCCGACGAUGAAAUUAAAGAAUCAAAUAUGGCUGUUAUGGAAAUCUACCUUCCUUCAGGUUACAAAACCGAUCAUGAUAGUUUACAGUUUAUCCGUUCAACUGCACUGGUUCAAAGAGUUGAUACUAAAAAUGAUGAAACCGUCAUUAUUGUUUAUUUCGACAUGUUAUUUGCUGGUGAGCCCAUUUGUUUUGAUAUCUUUGCUGAAAAUUACCACAAGGUUGACAAACUGAAGCCAGCUGCCAUUACAGUGUACGACUAUUAUAAUAGCAAAAAACGUGCCACCGUUUUCUAUGAAGUGAAGUAAAAAUUUUGAAAUAAUUGUGAAGUUGAUGUCCCAUUUUUUAAUAAAAUCAAACUGUUUAAAUUCA